CAUCUGCCCAGACCGCGCAGUUCACUGCCGCAGCAAGGCCAGCAAGGCCAUUAAUCAUGAUUUCAGAGUGCCAAUCUCCUGCCAAGGGAAGAAGGGAAGGAAGACGUUGGCUAUAAAAGCAGGUGGAACCCAUCCAUCAAUGUUGGUUGGAGCACCAUGUUGACCCUAUUGAUUCUCGUUAGCGUGGGCCUGGCCUCUGCUCACCAUGGUGGUGAACACUUUGAGGGGGAGAAGGUGUUCCGAGUGAGCGUCCAGGAUGAGAAGCAGGUCCAUCUGAUGCAUCUUCUGGCCCACCAAGUGCAGGUAGAUUUCUGGAAACCAGACUCAGCUGAACAAAUCAGACCAGAAAGCACAACUGACUUUCGCGUUACAGCUGACCAAGUUGCCAAAGUUGAACGUUUCCUGGAAGUCAAUGGACUAACUUAUGAGGUUUUGAUUUAUGACCUGAACGAACUGGUUGCAUCUCAGUUUGAUAGCCUCGUUCGCACCACUGGACACAGUUAUGAAAAGUAUAACAGCUGGGAAAAGAUCGAGGCUUGGACUGAGCAAGUUGCUCAAGAGAAUCCCGGACUUGUCUCUCGAAGCACUAUUGGAACCACAUUUGAAGGGCGUCCUAUGUACCUUCUCAAGGUUGGAAAAGAAGGUUCAAACAAGCCUGCCAUCUUUAUGGACUGCGGUUUCCAUGCUAGAGAGUGGAUUUCCCCUGCAUUUUGCCAAUGGUUUGUGAGAGAGGCUGUUCGUACCUAUGGAUCUGAGAUCAAGAUGACUGAUCUUCUUGACAGAUUGGACUUUUAUAUCCUACCUGUUUUCAACAUUGAUGGCUACGUCUACACAUGGAAAAAGAACCGAAUGUGGAGAAAGACUCGGUCCACUAUUUCAGGCAGUAGUUGCAUUGGUACUGACCCCAACAGAAAUUUUAAUGCUGCAUGGUGUGAAAUUGGGGCCUCUGACAACCCUUGUUCAGAAACUUACUGUGGACCUAGUGCCGAGUCUGAAAAAGAAACCCAAGCCCUGGUCAACUUCAUUCGCCAACACCUUGACUCUAUCAAGGCCUAUGUGACAGUUCACUCCUAUUCCCAAAUGCUGCUGUUCCCUUACUCGAAAAGUUAUGCUCUCACAAAGAACCACGUUGAAUUGAACACCCUGGCCAAGGCAACAAUCAAAGAACUGGCAACACUGCAUGGGACAGAAUACACCUAUGGUCCAGGAGCUACAACCAUCUAUCCUGCAGCAGGAGGUUCUGAUGACUGGGCUUAUGACCAGGGCAUCAAAUACUCUUUUACCUUUGAACUCCGGGACAAAGGAAGAUAUGGCUUCUUACUCCCUGAAUCUCAGAUUAGAGCAACUUGUGAAGAGACUGUGCUGGCCAUCAAAUAUCUCUCCAAUUAUGUCCUGGAGCAUCUAUACUAAUUUGGAAGGCUCAUAAGACCCAAGAAAACCUUACUUAAAUGCUGAUUCUCAUAGCUCUUUUUUUUUUUAAAUAUCUUGAAUGCUUUUGGAAUUCUGACCUUAACUUUAAACCACAGAAUUAAUUCAAACAAAUCUUAAUGUGGAUGAAAAAUAAAAAUUAAUCCCAAUUUAAAAGCCAA